UGUUGAGUCGUGCGCCCAUCCCGAUGGCGGUGGUGCGGCGGGAGCUGUCGUGCGAGGGCUACCCCAUCGAGCUGCGCUGCCCGGGCACCGACGUCAUCAUGAUCGAGAGCGCCAACUUCGGGCGCACCGACGACAAGAUCUGCGACUCCGACCCGGCUCAGAUGGAGAACACUCGCUGUUACCUGCCUGACGCCUACAAGAUCAUGUCCCUGAGGUGCAACAACCGGACCCAGUGUGUGGUGGUGGCCGGGCCGGAUGUGUUUCCUGACCCAUGUCCCGGCACUUAUAAAUACCUGGAGGUCCAGUACGAGUGUGUCCCUUAUAUGUUUCUGUGUCCAGGGAUACUCCGAGGGGUCUACCAGAGUGAGCACCUCUUUGAGUCGGACCACCAGUCUGGAGCCUGGUGCAAAGACCCGCUGCAGUCGUCCAACAAGAUCUACUACAUGCCCUGGACGCCGUACCGGACCGACACGCUGACCGAGUACUCGUCCAAGGAGGACUUCAUCGCCGGGCGGCCCACCACCACGUACAAGCUGCCGCACCGCGUGGACGGCACGGGCUUCGUCGUUUACGACGGCGCGCUGUUCUUCAACAAGGAGCGCACGCGCAACAUCGUCAAGUUCGACCUGCGCACGCGCAUCAAGAGCGGCGAGGCCAUCAUCGCCAACGCCAACUACCACGACACCUCGCCCUACCGCUGGGGCGGCAAGUCCGACAUCGACCUGGCCGUGGACGAGAACGGCCUGUGGGUGAUCUACGCCACGGAGCAGAACAACGGGCGCGUGGUGGUCAGCCAGCUCAACCCGUACACGCUGCGCGUGGAGGGCACCUGGGACACCACCUACGACAAGCGCUCGGCCUCCAACGCCUUCAUGAUCUGCGGCGUGCUCUACGUGGUCAAGUCCGUCUACGAGGACGACGACAACGAGGCCACGGGCAACAAGAUCGACUACAUGUACAGCACGGAGAAGAGCCGCGAGACCCACAUCGGCAUCCCCUUCCCCAACUCCUACCAGUACAUCGCCGCCGUGGACUACAACCCCCGGGACAACCUGCUGUACGUCUGGAACAACUACCACGUGGUCAAGUACUCGCUGGACUUCGGCAACAACGGUCUCGGUAAGGCUGUCUCGUCUCGCCUCGCCUCGUCUCGUUAA